CACUGAAGACAAUAUCAGUCAAGCCAACAAGAGAGUAUGGCAAGAAAAUGAACAGGCCGAACAGUUUAAUCAACAAAGGCAUGAGACACAGACUAACUCCGACCCAACUAGGGGUAACCGAGGUCAGCAAGGAAUUUCACCUUGCCCCAAUUGCGGUAAGAUGCAUAGGGGUAUCUGUCGGGCUGGAACUAACGGGUGUUACAAUUGUGGCCAAAAAGGUCACUACUCCACACAGUGUCCCAACAGACAACAAGGUUCAACAACUAAGCCCACCCACACCCAUCCCUUACAAGCAAUACGCGGACACCUUCAAAUUCAGCCUCAAGAACAACAGUCACCACAACAGGGGGCAACUUAUGCUUUUAACCAGGGACACUUGGAAGGUUGAGCUGUGAUGGAUGAUGAAGUGUUGCUGAGUGGAGCUUUUGUCAAUUUGAAAUUAGGCUCAGAAAAGAUAUAUGUCUGCAUACAUGUAUCUCAGUUAUGUCUUCCGCUGCAAACACUGAUUAUGUUUUAGUCAAGUCUAUAACUAUGUGAAUUACUCUUCAAAGAAAUAUCUAAUGCUUACUCGGGUUCAUCGAGUAUCCUUUUUAA